AUGCUCGACAAGAGGAGCAACGACGGCGCUACACCCGUCCACUACACCAUGAAGACUUCUCACUCAGCGCCCAGGCCCUCGCCGGGCCUGCGAUCUUCCCACAGCCACUCGCACUCGCAAUCCAAACUCGCAGUCCCUGCCGCAAAGAGCCCGAAGCCCUCUACACCAGCCGCAUCCCCCAGGAUGCCUUAUUCCGUCGGCCAGUCGAUGCCUCCCCAGAAGCUAUCCCCUGCGAGACAUCCGGAGUCGAGAGCCGCGAGUCCAAACUACUUCGGCCUCGUCGUCGAACAGUCGGCUGACCCCAGAGAUUCCUCCGCCAUGCCACGAGACAACUGGAGCUCCCCGACCUCGUCCGUCAAGUCGUUCGGCACUGCGCUGCCCAAGCAGGUCCCCAUCGAUGCCAACCCCGAUUACGAGGCCUUCAAGCGCCAGGCCGACCUGAAUCGUGGCAUCGGCUUUAGCCUCUCCUCUUCUCACUUCCCUCAAGCGCCCCCAAACCCCACGACGCUUCGUCCUCGCCCCCCGAGGUGGAACACCCACGCCAGCGACACUGGCUCCGAAUUACCCAUGACUAGAGUGAACAAAGACCGACCUAUGAGUCGCAUGGAGGUUGAUCACCAGAGCUCUCACGACUCGGCCUACGUCUCGUCAGAUUCGAAGCGCAACUCGCAAGCCUCGAUACAGCCACCCGCCAUUUUGAACCUGAACAUGCCAAGAUUCGAGUCACCGAGACAAUCGGAUUCGCCUUUUGAUCGUAGAACAACAUUAUCCAAUGUCGAAGACCGCCAUCCGAGGCUGUCCAUCUCGCAGAACAAGAUCGAUGGCCCGACGCCGACCAAUUCUAGAACAAAUCAUCCGCGAGCCGAGACGUUGCCGCCGACCAUGGAAAGCGGCCCAUCUUUGAUAACUCCAUCGCUACUGAGAGAUUUGAUCGAGACUGACGACUCCGCGGGCGACCUGCUGCUUCUGGAUCUGAGAGUUUCUCAGCAGUACGCGCAAGCUCGGAUCGAAGGCGCGCUCAACCUUUGCAUUCCAACGACGCUACUGAAGCGAGCCACUUUCAACUUGGAGAAGCUGCAGAAGACAUUCCAAAGUCCCGACAUGGAAGAGCGGUUCUCGAAGUGGAAGUCAACCAAGCACCUGGUCGUCUAUGAUGCGUAUUCGGCAGAAAAGCGUGACGCUGUUUCGUGUAUGAACAUGGUAAAGAAGUUCACAAAUGAGGGGUACACGGGCAGCAUGUAUAUCCUGCGGGGUGGCUUCAACGCCUUUGCGGAUGCGUAUCCCGAGCUCGUGGAUGAGGGGUACGGUCCCGUGGCGAGCGGCAGUUCCCCAGCGGCAGCCAAUGAUGAAAGUCGGCCCGGAAUCGCACCCGUUAUUGGAGGCGUGAUGCUGCCCAUGGCUCAGAACAACGCCAACCCUUUCUUCUCCAACAUCCGUCAAAACAUGGACCUCGCCGACGGCGUCGGACAGCUGGACGUUGCUCGGCCCGCGGGCUUGGAGUCGCCAACAUUACCCCGAUGGCUUCGAGACGCUUCUAAGCCGAGUGACCACGGCAAACAGGUAUCGGAGAAGUUUUUGAAUAUUGAAAGAGCUGAGCAGUCACGGAUGAAGGCUGCAUACUCUAUGUUUGGCGGAGGUGAGAAGGACAAGAGCGUCCCACAGCUUUGUGGGAUCGAAAAGGGUGGCAAGAAUCGGUACAAGGACAUUCUACCUUUCGAGCACGCCCGAGUCAGACUGCAAAGCCGGUCCGAAGGCGCAUGCGACUACGUCAAUGCUAGCCACGUAAAAGCAUCGAGGAGCAACAAGCGAUAUAUUGCUACCCAGGGCCCUCUCCCGGCAACUUUUGAGGAUUUCUGGUCCGUUGUCUGGGAACAGGACGUCCGAGUGGUCGUCAUGCUGACCGCCGAGUCGGAAGGUGGCCAGCUUAAGUGCCACCCGUAUUGGCAAGGCAGAGAUUUCGGCUCCAUCAAGCUGAAGCCGCUGUCGGAGAAGAAAGUAUCGCUUGAUUUCGACAGGCAUCGCACCAACCAGGGAUCGAGUGCGCCAUCAGCGGCAGCCGCUGCUGAAGCUGGCCGUCGCCGUGCCAACACAACAACCACUCUGGAGGCUUCGAAUGCCACCGCCUCGCCUAUGCCGGCACAGGGAGAGACGCCAUAUGUCAUCGUCCGGAAGUUUGCUCUGUCUCACGCUUCGCACCCGUUCGCCCCCAUGCGUGAGAUAACUCAUCUGCACUAUCCAUCCUGGCCAGAUUUUGGCGCCCCUGCUCAACCGUCUCAUCUGUUGGCCUUGGUGGAGAUGGCCAAUGUCAUGCAACGGUCGGCGAGGCCUGUCGACACUUCCUCAGUUACUGCCUCUGGAACAUCUCCCGAGCCUGGCUCUGUCGCUUGGUAUGAUGAGCCGGAGAUGGAUCAGAGGGCAAGACCGAUGCUGGUACACUGCUCAGCAGGAUGUGGCCGAACCGGAACCUUCUGUACAGUAGACACUGUUAUCGAUAUGCUCAAGCGUCAGCGGCUCGCGAAGACAAACACAAAGCCGGUCAGGAAGCGGGACUCGGAUGGAGACAUCAAAAUGAGCGGACAAUCCGAGGAACCGUCUCCUCGUGAGAAGACAUUUGACUUCAACCCCAGCAGCCGUCGCCAGAGUGCCGAUGCGCGGCGGAACUCACCGGACAAGACUCCACUGGAUACGGCAUGGGUGGCGGAUGACAGCGAUACUAUGGACCUCAUCCAGAAAACUGUGGAGGAUUUCCGGAACCAAAGACUCAGUAUGGUACAAAGCCUACGCCAAUACGUCUUGUGCUACGAGACGAUCGUUGAGUAUGUGUGGCGAGUGCAUGAGAAGAACUCGAGCUCGAACAAGGCCGGAAGAGCUCGAAGUGGAAGCUUGCAGAUCAGAGGGGACAACUAA